GGAAACAUAGUUAAUAACAAAUUUAAUAAAGAGAACAAUUUAAAUUAUAUAAUUUCAUAAUUCAAUUGAAAUUAAAAGAAAAAAAAAGUGUUUAGCAUUUCGCGCUUACGAAAAUUUUUUAAAAAAAAAAAUAUUCAAAGUAUAAAAAAAUUUAGAGAAAUUUUUUCGGAUUUAAUUCUUUUGUUAUCAAAAUACUUGAUAUUUAGAAAGAAUUUAACAAUUUUCUUUUUUGUGAUAAUGCCAACAAAGGGUAUAAAAUCAUCAAAAAUUCCCUCAGCAAUUGGAAAAACAACCGAUAAUAAGAACCGUGAACAAUUUCAACAAAAAUCAUCACAAUUAGUUACUGAUGAUGACAAUGAAAUUACCCCAACAAUUCAUAUGAAUGGUGCAAUUAAAAAACAUGGUAAAUCUCAGCGUACACAAUGGAAUGUUCAAGCAACUGAAUAUGCUAAAAAAACAAAAAAUCAUAUUAGGCAUGUUGUACAGGAAUUAAAAUUGGAACCGAAUCCAGAUAAACCAAUGAUACCAUUAUCCAUUGGUGAUCCUACUACAUUUGGAAAUCUUCAAGCAUCUGAUGAAACAAUAAAUGCUGUUAAAAAAGCUAUGGAAAAUUCUAAAGCUAAUGGUUAUGGACAUUGUGCUGGUUUUGAAGAAGCUAGAGCUGCUGUUGCAAAAUAUUGUGAACAUCAAGGAAAAGUAACAGCUGAAGAUGUUAUAUUAUGUUCUGGUUGUUCAUCUUCAUUAGAUUUAUGUAUUACUGCAUUAGCUGAAAAGGGACAAAAUAUUUUAAUGCCUAGACCUGGUUUUUGUUUAUACAAAACAUUAGCUGAGGGUAUUUCAGUUGAAGUUCGUUUGUAUGAUCUUUUACCAGAACAUCAGUGGGAAGCUGAUAUUAAUCAAUUGGAAAGUUUAAUUGAUGAUAAAACUGCUGCUAUUAUUGUUAAUAAUCCAAGUAAUCCAUGCGGGAGUGUGUUCAGUAAAAAAAAUUUACAAGCUAUAAUUAAGGUUGCUGAAAGAAAUUUCGUUCCGAUUAUUGCUGAUGAAAUUUAUGAACAUUUUGUAUUUCCUGGAUCAGAACACAUUGCUGUAAGCACACUAUCACAAAAUGUACCGGUAUUAUCGUGUGGAGGUUUAACCAAAAGAUUUUUAGUACCAGGAUGGCGUUUAGGAUGGAUUGUCAUACACGACAGACAUGAUAUAUUAAAAGAUGCUACCCGUGGUUUAAAAAAUUUAACUGGAAGAAUUCUGGGACCAAAUACAUUAAUACAAACAGCACUACCAGAUAUUUUAGAAAAAACUACUCAAAAAUUUUUUGAUGACACUAUAUCUGUUAUUUAUAAAAAUGCAUUUUUAGCUUUUGAGAUGUUAAAUAAGGUACCUGGUUUGAAACCGAUAAUGCCUGCUGGUGCCAUGUAUAUGAUGAUAGGAAUAGAAAUUGAUAAAUUUCCAGAAUUUCCAGAUGAUUUGGAAUUCGUUCAACGUCUUGUAGGAGAACAAAGUGUAUUUUGUUUACCAGGUGCUUGCUUCGAUUAUCCUAAUUAUAUGAGAAUAGUAUUAACAGUACCUGGAGAAAUGAUCAAAGAAGCGGCAGAUCGAAUUGCUGAAUUUUGUGAGAAGCACUAUGAAUCAGAUAGCAAUAUUAUUGAAAAUAACUCCUUAGAAUUAGCUAAGUGUUAAUAUACGUGUGUAUUUCCUGUUGAAGCAAAUUUUUACUUUUCAGUGUAUGUUCUUUUUCUGCAUUUUUUUCUGCUUCUUGAUGUACUAUUUCAUUUUAAUUAAUAUUUUUCAAUGUUAAAUUAGAUUCUAAGUAUGUUAUGAUUGUUAACCUGACUUAUUAAAGUGUAUAACGUUUUAAUUUAUAAGAUAACAUUCAAAUAAAGAUAGAAAAUAUUUUUUUUAAA